AUGUCCGUGUGGCUCUGUGGUCGACACAGCGCGGCGAGACGAAAUGCCGUUCAUCCGUCAUUCCGACUAUUCACCAACACAACGUUUCCCGUGACUUCGUCCUCACACGAAACGGUCACUGUGCCUUGCAAGAGCAAUGGCGAGAUAUCGCUCGAUAUCUACCAUCCUCUCACAUCAACACCUCCGGAUGUGAAUCUGCCCCAUGUAGCCAUCUAUCUUCCGCGUGGACCAAUCGCAAGCGAUCCAUCUUUGGAUGCGCAAAACGUCGCGGAAUUGCGCGCGGUACUACCAUGUCCCAUCGUCCAAGUCAACUAUCGCUGUCGACGUCGUGGUUUCGCAGGCCAUGCCUUCCCGACUCCGCUCCACGACGCUGUCACUGGUUAUGAUUGGGUGUACGAAAAUCUGCUGGCGAAGCGCGCCAUCAGUCGUCCAGGGCGAUCGGACCUCGUCGGUCGCAUAGCCGUCGUCGGAGAACUUCUAGGUGGCUCGCUUGCCACUUCUUUGGCCCUGACUGAGUGUAAAAUCGGGGAACCCGGCAUCGUCGCAGCAGCCGUGAGUAGCCCUAUCGUCGACUGGGUCGCAUUUGACGACGAAGGUGCGGCCGAACCUGUCACGAACGGUCGCGGCGAGCCUCUCAAGGUCGAUUUGUCGCUCCAUGGCCUAUUGAAUCACCGUCGCACCAUCUUCCGCAGGCCGGAUGCAUACUUUGACCCAUUCGCUUCUCCAUCACUGUUCUUCCGUUCUGCAGGCAUUGAUGCCCCGCCGCCACCCAUCGACGAAGAAGGACCAGAGCAAGGAUCGAGCGACAUGGACUUCCUGGCUCAGUUAUCUCGCGAAGAGAGUAACGAGCAAGACUUCUUCCGGUCACAGCUCGCUCUAGGCGCAAACUCAACGCCAUCUCAAGGCUUGCCACCACCCACAGCUGCACCGCUUCCCCUCGUCAAAAGGCGCAAAGCCUCGCGCCGCUAUCCGAGUCCAUCGCUGAAGCUCCGCCUCCCGCCCUUUCACAUCGCAACUGGCGGUGACUCCAUCCUCAAGCCACAGGUUACCGAAUUCGUGCGCCUAUUACAGAAGAGCGACGAGCGCCAGCAGCGGGCUUUAGAUGACAUGCUAGCGCCGCCGAGCUCGUCGUUCGAAAGUGACAUGGUCGACUAUAUCCAAAGCCCGGCAGGUCUGGGACUUUGGGAUAGCGGGCGUGAUGGCCGCGCGAGACUUUCGGAUGCUGCGCAAUGGUUACGAAUGACUCUGUUUCAUGGGCGAUGA